AUGGCCCGCCCACCUCCAGCCCGCCCCGAGCGCAGGCAGAGGAAUGCGGCUGCAGAGAGGUGCCGGGAGAGGGCCUGGGGGAGGGUCCGCAACCCGCCGCCCUCGCAGGGCCCAGACCCCCCGGGGAGGGGGUCCCGGCGGUCAAGGCCGCCACCGCCCCUGCCUCCGUCUCCUCGUGGGGAGUCACCGCCUCCUGUGGCUGAAGCUCGUCGCCACUCACUGUGCUCGAGAAGCCACUCGGCAAGACGUCUGCGGGACCUUCUGAGGAGCAGGCGCAGCGGGCUGUGCGGCGUGCGGGAGGGCCGCCGCCUGUCGGCGGGGGGCGCCUCGCGAGGCGCCGCAGACACAGCGCAGGUGCGGCCCCGGCCGGAGGCGGAGCCCCGUUUGGGGGCCGGCGUCUCACAGAGCCCUGACCCGCCUGACCUGGCCCGACCUUUGUGCUGCUGA